CGGAGGCUGCACUCAGGUCAGCGCUGUAACGGCGGCCGUGGAAACAUCCCGCUAGGUUCGCACCAACUGACAAGUACAUAUAAUGUAAUCACUUGAUGGGUAACGAGUAACGAGCUCCAAUCGUUCCCUCUGCGUUUUCCUCUCCGCCGGCUCGGACUGGAUGAUCGCCGCCUACACACUGCCCACUUGUUCAGGUGACAACGUCAACAAACCGGCGCCUCCCCUCGGAGAUGUUGCUCGCUGGCGGUGGAUGACGGCAGACGCGGAGGACCGAAACAAGUGUUUGUGCCGCUCUUUCAGAAAAGUAGCUAGGACGGAAAACGGGUCCGUCCCCCUCGAAGUCGGCUACUUCUUGCUUCGCGCCGAGGCCGAGUGGAGGUGCCUAAGCGUCGGUUCGGCGAUUUUUAAGCCACGAAGCUAAACCGGGAGAGCAAGAAGGCGACGGACAAAGCUAGCAGCGGUCCGAACUCAAUUCAGAACCGGCUUUUUUUUCUUCUCUCCUCCGGUAACAGUUAAGGUAUCACCUGGAUGCAAUGACCGACUCGGCUGUGGACAGCAAGGCGGAGGUCAAACAAGCCACGAAAUAUGUCAAAGAGACCGAAAACGUCGCGGAAAAAUAUUCAGCGAUGACUGUGAGCAAAAACAGCAGUGAUGUGAAUAUGAACGUCGGGGAAAUGCCCUCCGCAGCGUUCACCGCAGUCCCCACGCUGAAAUCCGUCAAGAAGAUCCAGUUUGCAAACACAGAGGACAAACAGGAAUUCAGUAAAUACCCUACCAAGGCAGGCCGCCGCUCUCUCUCUCGGUCCAUCUCGCAGUCCUCCACAGACAGCUACAGCUCAGCUGCGUCCUACACCGACAGCUCCGACGAUGAAACCUCCCCCCGGGACAAAGCCCAGGUCAACACCCACGGCAGCAGCGACUUCUGUGUGAAGAACAUCAAGCAGGCCGAAUUUGGCCGCCGAGAAAUAGAGAUCGCAGAACAAGACAUGUCUGCCCUGAUCUCCUUGAGGAAGAGAGCCCAGGGGGAGAAGCCACUAGCUGGGGCGAAGAUAGUAGGCUGUACCCAUAUCACUGCUCAGACAGCAGUCCUGAUUGAAACCCUGGUAGCCCUAGGGGCCCAGUGUCGCUGGACUGCCUGUAACAUCUACUCCACUCAGAAUGAGGUGGCUGCUGCUCUUGCUGAAACAGGAGUACCUGUGUUUGCGUGGAAGGGUGAGUCAGAGGAUGACUUCUGGUGGUGCAUCGAUCGCUGUGUCAACACUGAGGGCUGGCAGGCGAAUAUGAUUCUGGAUGAUGGUGGAGACUUAACACACUGGGUGUACAAGAAGUAUCCCAGCGUCUUCAAGAAAGUCCGAGGCAUCGUAGAGGAAAGUGUCACUGGGGUGCACAGAUUGUACCAGUUGUCUAAAGCUGGCAAGCUGUGUGUCCCUGCCAUGAAUGUGAACGACUCAGUCACCAAGCAGAAAUUCGACAACCUUUACUGCUGUCGUGAAUCUAUCCUGGAUGGCUUGAAGAGGACCACAGAUAUAAUGUUUGGAGGCAAACAAAUCGUUGUGUGUGGUUAUGGAGAGGUGGGGAAAGGCUGCUGCACUGCUCUUAAAGCCCUUGGAGCCAUUGUGUGCAUCACUGAGAUUGACCCCAUCUGUGCCCUGCAGGCAUGCAUGGACGGUUUCCGCGUGGUCAAGCUGAGUGAGGUCAUUCGCCAGAUGGACGUGGUGAUAACUUGCACUGGCAACAAGAAUGUCGUUACCAGAGAACAGCUUGACCGAAUGAAGAAUGGCUGCAUCAUCUGCAAUAUGGGACAUUCCAAUACUGAGAUUGAUGUGGCAAGUCUGCGCAGCCCUGAGCUGACCUGGGAGAGGGUUCGCUCUCAGGUUGACCACAUCAUCUGGCCGGAUGGAAAGAGGGUUGUUCUGCUGGCAGAGGGUCGCCUCUUAAACCUGAGCUGCUCCACAGUGCCUACGUUUGUGUUGUCCAUCACUGCUACAACUCAGGCCCUGGCCCUGAUUGAGUUGUUCAAUGCUCCAGAGGGACGUUACAAACAGGAUGUGUAUCUCCUACCCAAGAAGAUGGAUGAGUACGUGGCCAGUUUGCACCUACCAAACUUUGAUGCCCACCUGACAGAGCUGUCUGACGAGCAGGCCAAGUACAUGGGCCUCAACAAGAAUGGCCCCUUCAAACCUAAUUACUACAGGUAUUAACAAGAGCGUCUGAUGGUGUGAUCCUCAAAACACAGCUGCCCUGGGAUUAACAGAGAUAUCUAUUUUAUUUUCUAAAUUGCUACAAACGGAGGAAUUAUUUUACUUAUGCUGAAUGUAACUUAUUAAUAGCACCUCAGACAUAGUGUUAAAUAUGAAAAAUAAGAGUAAGACAUGUAGGAAACAUAUAAUAUAUAGCCAACUAACACGUCUUGUCAAGUGUUUAAAAACAAAGCCUGCUUGCAUGCUUUCAUGUGUAUGUACCUUUUUAGUUGCUACUCCUUAUGUUACUAGAUCACAGAGUUGUUGAUUUGUUUGUUUACUCUAUUUACGCACAGUGCCAAAUAAUGGCUGUAAAAAUGGAACAGAAGAUAACAUUUAUGUUUUGUCUGUCAGUGGCAUUAAGGUUUUAUUAGUACAUUCCAUGAGCCAGAGUUUAGGCUGAGCCAUAAAAACUCUGUAUUACAAUGUACAUUCUUUAAGAAAUAUUUUGUUUUAUAUGCAUUAAUAAUUUGUUUUAAUGGUAUCUGCAUACAUGGCUUAAAAAGGUAACAUCCAGUCAUCUUUUUUAUUACAACAAAGUACAGUCAUGAAAUAUAACACUUAUUAUAUAAAUAACAUAAUCCAGUGUUGUUCAUUUUAAGAAAUUACAAUAACCUGUAAAUGGAUGAGCCCAUUUUAAAUUCCUGACUCGUGGUGUUGGCGUUCAGCUCUCUUCAACAACCACGAAGCAAAGAGAUGUUUAAAGUGCUAAUAACAGAUUAAGAUGUUAUGUUAAAGAUAUCAGGCUGUAUGCAUUCCUAAAAAGGAAGUCAGAAGAAGUUGAGGCGAAGGGGCCAGUAGAACAUUUUUAAGUUUCCAUUUGCUCACUCAAAUUCCAGCUGAGAUCCGUGUCACUGAAGAGUGUAUUGACUGGAUAAUACCUUUAGGGCCAUGCUAUGAAUGUGCCUUUUAAAUCAUUUACAACAAGUAAAUAUCAGCACUGACCUUAAUUAAAUGAACAUUCCUCUUUUGUAAUACCACUAGUAGUCUACUAGUAGUACAUUUAAUGUCUUCCUUCCACUGCUUCUGGUAUUAAGUGUAACUCUACUGUGUGAGCUAUCUGUUGAGAAAAAAAUCUUAGACUUUAUGUUUGCCAUAUUGUUGUCACUGUCUUAAUUUGAUCCAGUGGGGUCGCUUAAACAAAUAUUUCAUGUGAUCAAUGCACAAGUAUAUACUAUUUAUGUAAAAGAAUGCAUUAA